AUGCCUGGUGGAAAGGGAAAGACUGGCGGAAAGACCGGUGGUAAGGCAGGUGAUUCCAGCAAGACACAAAAGUCGCACUCGGCAAAGGCCGGCCUGCAGUUCCCCUGCGGUCGUGUCAAGCGUUUCCUCAAGUCGCACUCGCAGAACAAGAUGCGCGUCGCCGCAAAGGCGGCCGUCUACGUCACCGCAGUCCUCGAAUACUUGACCGCCGAAGUCCUCGAGCUUGCUGGCAACGCCGCAAAGGACCUCAAGGUCAAGCGCAUCACUCCCCGCCACCUUCAGCUUGCCAUCCGUGGUGACGAGGAGCUCGACACCCUCAUCCGCGCCACCAUCGCCUUUGGUGGUGUUCUUCCAUCCAUCAACCGCGCUCUACUGCUCAAGGUCGAACAGAAGAAGGGAAAGAAGGAUAUCGCAUAG